AAGCGCGAUUUGGAGAAAGUGCUUCUCAAAGUGUGCAAGUUUACGGAGAAAAACGGCGAGAAAAAGGUAUCCAGAGAGGAACUGGUAAACGGAUUAUCUGAUGUAAUUGACGCGGAAGAAUUGGAUGUAGUAUUUAUCCUGUUUGAUCGCGAUCAAGACGGACUGUUGGACAGAAAAGAUCUUUUGGACUGGCUCACAACCGAAUUUGAGGAAAGACAUUUGAAAGGAAAGAUUCGGGAAAGAAUGGAUCGGCUGUCUGUGGAUGAAAAUGGCCUCGUGACAAGUGAGCAAUUCUUUGGAGCCUACCAGGACGUGUUAACACAGAAGGAGGUGGAUUACAUUUCCGAAAUAUUCAAUCUGACAGAAAGCAGUUAUUUUGAUAUAAAGCAAGUGGAGUGUUGGGCCGCAGAAGAGUCCGUUGAGUAA